CCUCGCAAGUGUGACUUCAAACCGUCAAAACUGUGGUGGGAUGCGCCUUUAUCACGGGGCGACCCACAUUAGUUCACGUGAGCCACCUCCAGGGACACAAAUAUUUUUUCUAGCAACCGAGGAUCUUCACUCCACUGAGGGGUCGCUUUCAUCCACGACUACAGUCGAUGUCGCCUCACGUGGUGCACCGAGUGCUGAGAUAAAGCUUGUUGUUUGGGUGCAGCCCCACGCCCUCCCUUUCUCGCUGGUCUGUGCUGGUCAUCGGCCCGAGGGGGGACGACAGGACGACCACCCGUGUGAGGACCGUUGAGAAAACACGUUUCACUCGGACGCCGACCUCUCGAGAGAACGAUGGACAAGGAUGAUGCCGAGUCUGUGCAAAACGGAGGAGGCGAAAGUUUGUAUAUCAUUGCCGAUUCCGAAAAGAAACUCAAAAGCCCUUCACGACCCCAUGAAAAUAAUUUGAGCAAACGAUCGUCUGAUGGCAGCGCCAUCGUUAGAGGUGGAGAUGUCCCAAACCAUGUCACCGCUGCGACAGCUGCUGUCGAUGUGGUACACGGUGGUGGUGGUGUUAAUCCCGUUAGUUCUCCUACCACUGCCGCUCAUCAUUAACACACAGGAGGCCAAGUGUGCUUACGUCAUCUUCGUCAUGGCGGCUUUGUGGAUCACGGAGGCUUUGCCCAUGGCGGUGACGUCCCUCCUGCCCGUGGUUCUCUUUCCCAUGAUGGGGGUCAUGCCAGCAGAUAAAGUGUCUGCCACCUACUUCAGUGACGCGUCGCUGCUGUUGUUCGGCGGGUUGGCGGUCACCAUCGCCCUGGAGGAGCACAACCUCCACAAACGCAUCGCUCUGUUUGCACUCAACAUCGUGGGAACACAGCCACGUUGGCUUUUGCUGGGUACCAUGCUGGUCACGUGGUUCCUGUCCAUGUGGAUGAACAACACGGCCACCACCGCCAUGAUGAUCCCCAUCGUGCAGGCUGUGCUGGACCAGGUGCAGAUGGCGCAGGACACUGAGGGCAGAGAGGACACGGAACUCAGUGUCUUUGUAGAUGACAGCACUGGAAGUGCGAAAGGAGCCGAAGAUUCAGCGAGUGGCCAGCUGGACGACAGCAGCAAGGACACAAAGGGAGGGAAUGCGCGUCAGAGGCGGUUGUCGGUCCAGCGUCUGGGGAAAGCAAUGUACCUGUCCAUCGCCAUGUCGGCCAACAUCGGCGGCACCGCCACCCUCAUCGGCACCGGCACCAACGUCGUUUUCCUCGGACUGACAAAGACCUUCUACCAGCACUACGAGACAGACAACCCCAUCAACUUCACCUCAUGGAUGGUUCUGGCAUUCCCUUUGUCCGCCUUGCUCAUCCUCAUGGCGUGGAUCUGGUUCCAGAUUCUCUUCCUCCGGUGCAACGGUUGCUGCAGUUGUCUGUUCUCCCGGAACAACAGGGACGCCACCAGCAACCUGCAGAAGAGGACCACGGCGAUGCUGAAGGAAGAAUAUCGGAAGCUAGGGUCAAUCAGCUACGCGGAGGGCACGGUGGCCAUCUUGUUUUUCUGGAGAGGCCGGGGCUGGGGCAACUUGUUUCAGAAAGACUCUGUCAGUGACUCCACACCUGCCUUGUUGGUGGCGGUGCUAAUGUUUUUUAUACCCUCGUCGCUUCCAGACAUUCUGUUUCGUCAAAAGCGAGGUGCUCACUUGCCCCGCAAGCGUCUUGAGCCUCUUCUGAACUGGAAGGUCUUGCACCAGAAGAUUCCAUGGUCUCUCUUCCUUCUGGUGGGAGGAGGCUUCGCCAUAGCCAAAGCUUCACAGACAUCCGGGUUGUCUCAGUGGAUUGGCGACAAUCUGCGGAACUUGGGCGACCUUGGCCCCUGGGUGACACUGAUCAUCAUCUGCUACAUCGUGGUGUCCGCCACUCAGAUCAUGAGCAAUGUAGCUCUGACCACCCUGCUGGUGCCGAUAGUUGCCCAGAUGGCCCUGUCCAUGGAGGUGAGUCCAUUGUUCUUCAUGGUCCCUGUCGCCAUUACCUCGUCAUUGGCCUUCAUGUUGCCCGUGGCAACGGCACCCAACGCCAUAGUCUUUGCGUCUGGCACUGUCAAAGUCAUUGACAUGGUUUUGAGCGGCUUCAUGGUCAGCGCCCUGGGUGUGCCUAUGGUAGUGUUUGCCACCUACACGUGGGGCAAUGCCUUCUUCCAUCUUGAGAUCCUGCCGGAUGCCCUCAAGCAAAAUAUAUCUGUGGUUGCGCCUGUCAAUGUGUCCAUCGCUUAAAUUUGCAACAGAUAUGAAGUCUGGCUUUGAAAUAUGGCCAUCUUCGACCGGUCAUCGAUGGUUGUGGGGAAAUAUUUCAAAGGACUUAUUGAACUUUGGGCUUUGAGAUUUGAUUCCUGUUGUCAAAAAAAA